GCUAUGAGGUGGGCCUACAAGUUUCACAUACAAGCCUAAUGUAUUCUCCAACAGGCAACGAUUCAGAGCCAAAUUCAGUAUCAGUAUUGAUGUGUGUCAGACUCUUCAAUGUAACUUACAUUUUUUAACAAACGAACAUAGUUUGGCACUGCAUCUAGGCCUACACUGUGCAAAGUGAAAAUCUGUAAGUUUCAGUAUCCUGGCCUUUGUACCAAACCCUGCUUGUGAGGUUUGGAGCAAAGGGAUGAAACAAAACAUGAGGUUGAAAAAAGGAUAGCCAAAAGCACAAAAAGAUGGAUUCAAAUGAAAGCAAACAAGAUGAAGGAUCAAAAAGUACCAAAGGUAAUGGAAGUGGGAAAGAUGGCCCAAGUAAACGAGAGGAUGGUGGCUCCAAGGCAGGACGUGACAGUAAAGAUGCAGGGAAGGAUGUGAGUGACAGGAGACGAGAUGAUUAUCCCUCAAAAACUAGCAGCAGAGAUGGAGGAAAAGAUAGAGGGAGGAUGGGAAAUGGUGAUCGAAGGAAGGAACCUCCUCCCCACAAAUCUGUGAGGAAGGGGGCAGGGGAUGGACCUGGAGACUACAGAGAUAGUCGUGACAGGUAUGAUGACUACUAUGAUCGCAGAAGUUCUGGCCAAGGCAGACCGCCACCAGAUCGGGGUGACCGUAGGCAAGAUUCAAGAAAAGGCAGCAGCUUUGUGGGAAAACCUGAUAAACUAGAUAAAAAACCAAGUACACCAAACAAUGGAACUAAAACAAAGGAUGUUAAAACUCCAGCUAAGAUUGAACAGGACAGAAAAGCACAAAAAGAGAAAGAAGAAGAGGAAAAAAAGAAAAAAGAAGAAGAAAAAAAGAAGAAUGAAGAAGAAAAAAAGAGAAAAGAAGAAGAGGAAAAACAGCUAGCUGAACAGAGGAGGUUGGAGGAAGAAGAGAGGAAACUCAAGGAAGAAGAAGAGAGAAAGAGACUUGAAGAGGAAAGAGCAAAACAGCAGUUGGAGGAUGAAAAGAAAAUGUUACAAGACUACAUAGAAGAAACCAGGGAGAAACUGACAGCAAGAGUAGCUCUGAGAGAGAAGAAUAUUGCUGCAGUUGAAAAUAGACCUGAUGAGUCAUUCUUUGGAAAACUGGAUUCAAGCUUGAAAAAAAAUACAGCAUUUGUGAAAAGACUGAGGAACAUGACAGAAUCACAAUUUGAAGGCUUCAUAAAGGAUUUUGGAAGUCUGAACCUAACAAAGUACAUAGGAGAAGCUGCAUCUGCCCUUGCUGAGGUGAAACUGAAGAUGUCUGACGUUCAGUCAGCAGUGCAGCUGUGUAGCCUGAUGCACCAGAGAUAUGCGGAGUUUACUCCUGCACUGCUGGAGAACUUUCAGAAGUAUCUGCUUAACAAGAAGGAUGAGAAGGUUGUCAUGGCAAUACACAAAAAAGGCAAAUUGCUUAUUGUCGAUGCUGAUAUUUCAAAUCUAAGCAAGUAUCGGGUGGAUCUCCGGUUCUUUGCGGAACUGAUAUCUGUGGGAGUGUUCUCACUGAAGGAAGGCCUGCCAGUGUUGGCCAAUCAACUGUCAAUACUGGUGAACAACGACAAAGAUGAGCACAACAACCUCUCCAUUAUCUCCAGCUUCUGUAAACACUGUGGAGAUGACUAUGUUGGUAUCAUGCCCAGGAAGAUCAGGCUGCUUUCCGAGAAGCAUCAUGGAGCAGGUCUCAUGAAAAGCAAGUUGCUGCCCCCUGAACGCCAGAAGGCUUGCAGGAACUUGCUGAAAGACUACUCCAGUUCCCUGAUGAAACACCUCAUCAAAGAUCACAAGGAGCUGAAGGGCAUGGAAAGACAAAACCGAAGAAUCCUACAGACCAAAGGUGAACUGAGCAAUGAGAGACGUGAUGCAUAUGAGAAUGCCUUGACUACAUACCAGAAGCUUCACACAAGUGCAGCAGUUCUAGCUGAUCUACUAGAUGAAGAUUUACCCGACCUACCGGAUGAAGACCUUAAACAAGACGAAAGCGGAGGAAUGUUUGACUUUUUCAGUCCAAUGAAAGGAGCUGAGUGUCAGUAUGAGGGAGACUGCACUUUGUUUGAAGAUGAAGACACAAGAACAUUCUAUGAAUCUCUACCUGAUUUGAGGUCAUUCAUUCCAGGGAUUUUGUACAAGGACAGUGAGCAGUCUUCAAGUAAAGAUGCAAACAAGGAACCUGAUCCAGUCCUAGAAGAAGUUGACCUGGAGUGCCUAGAGGUGGAGGACCUGGAGGUAGAGCUGGAGGAGAAGCUGGAGGAGAAACUGGCGGUGGUUGAUGGUAGCAGCAGUGAGGUUGAAGACAAGGACAGCAGUGUCAGGGAGGAGACAGCAGAGGACACGGCAGAGGACAGGUCCUUCAUACCACCUGAAGCUGAUGAAGAUGAUGGCGAAACAGGAACUUUGAUGAAGACACAGUUCGAAGCAUACUUGCAGUCAUUACCCAACUGUGUAAACAGAGAUCUCAUCGACAAGGCUGCAAUUGAAUUUUGCAUGAACUUCAACACCAAAUCCAAUCGAAGGAAACUUGUUCGAGGAUUGUUUACUGUACAUCGGACAAGGUAUGACCUGUUGCCCUUCUAUGCCCGCUUGGUGGCCAUUCUGAACCCGUGUAUGCCAGAUGUGGCCACUGAUCUAGUGCAGUACCUUAAGGGAGACUUCAAGUGGCAUAUUAAAAAGAAAGACCAGAUCAAUAUUGAAUCUAAACUAAAAACUGUCAGAUUCUUAGGAGAACUUGUGAAGUUCAAGAUGUGUCCCAAAGUAGAGGUCUUGCACUGCCUGAAGAUGUUGAUGUUUGACUUUUCCCACCAUAAUAUUGAGAUGGCCUGUGCUCUUCUGGAGUCAUGUGGCAGAUUCCUGUACAGAUCUAUGGACUCACAUCACAGGACAAAAGCAUAUUUGGAUGUAAUGAUGAGGAAGAAGGCUGCUCUUCACCUAGACAGUCGGUACACAACUAUGAUAGAGAACGCCUACUUCUACAGCAACCCUCCAGAGUACCAGCAGGUGGCUCGUAUCGAGAGACCUCCCAUGCAUGAGUACAUACGCAAGCUGCUCUACAAAGACCUAUCUAAAAUUACAACUGAGAAGGUGCUGAGACAGAUGAGGAAGUUAGACUGGGACGAUGUAGCUAUUGCCUUCUACACAACCAAGUGUCUGACAGCAGUGUGGAACAUCCGCUACAACUCUGUACACUGUGCUGCAAAUCUGCUGGCUGGACUUGCACCAUAUCAUGAGCAUGUUGCUAUUCAGGUUGUAGAUGGAGUAUUGGAGGAUAUAAGGCUAGGAAUGGAGGUGAACCACCCAAAGUACAACCAGAGGCGAGUUAGUUGUGUCAAGUACCUGGGAGAGCUGUACAACUAUCGCAUGGUGGAGUCAGCCGUCAUCUUCAAAACACUCUACUCUUUCAUUACAUUUGGCAUCAGCUUGGAUGAAAAUCCUACCCCCUUGGAUCCUCCUGAGCACUUGUUCCGAGUGAGAUUGGUGUGUACACUCCUGGAGACGUGUGGUCAGUACUUCGACAAGGGAUCCAGCAAGAAGAAACUUGACUGCUUCCUCGUAUACUUCCAGAGAUACUACUGGUUCAAGAUGAAGAACCCUAUCUGGACAGUGCAUCGUCCAUUCCCUCAAGAUGUGAAGAAUUUAGUGAAGGACACUCUGGAGAUGAUCCGACCCAAGCUGAAGAUUUAUGUCAGUUGGGAGGAGGCUAUCAAAGCUGCAGAGGAUAUUGAAAAUGAAUACAAGACAAAGAUUGCUAACCUGUUGCCAAUCUUCGAGACUGGUGAUGAGAGUGAGGUGUCAGAGGAAGAAGGACUGACCCCAAUACAAGAAACUGAUGAGGAAAUUGAUGAACUAAGCCAGAGCUUGUCUCAGUCGCACCUAGAGGAUGGCACAGAGUCCAGCCAGGAUGACCAGAGUGGUCAAAGUCGCAGCCAGACUGGAAGUCAGGCAAGAGAUGGCGAGGAUGAGAGUGAGGACAGUGAUAGAGAUGAGUUCCUCGAGUCCGCUGGAGAGGAUGAGACCGAAGACCAGAUAACUUUGGUGACUGGUGCUCCUAAACGCAUUGUAUGUCAAGAAGAUGAUGACUUCAUGACUGCCUUUGACAAAAUGAUGUCUGAAAAUAUUCAGGCUCGAGCCCAGGAAUCUUUGAAGGUUCCCCAGCUUGACAUUGCUAUGCCUGUUCACCUGCGCAGCAAGACUAAGAAGACAGUUCCUGGCACAGGCACAGGUGUUACACAACCUAUUCCCGAAGUGGAUACAGCCAUUAACUUUGUGUUGAUGACAAGGAAAGGCAACAAAGCACAGUUCACGAAUCUGAAUGUACCAAUAUCUGCUGAGUUUGCUGCCAAAUUCAAGGAAAGAGAACAGGCAGAGAAGAUGGAGAAGGAAAAGAUGAAGCAGGUUGUGUUGGGCAUACAGCAGAGGCAGGAGGAGGAGGACUAUCAGGAAAUGAUGGCCUCCCUCAACAGACCAGUGCCUGUAAACACAAAUCGUGAGCGUCGUAUCCGAUACUCUCAUCCUAAGGGAGCCCCUGAUGCAGAUCUUAUCUUUGGCUCUAAAAAACGCUGAGAACAAGCGGAGCAUGGUCUUACACAAUGACCUGGAACCAAUCCAGUGCUCCGAGCCAGACAAACAACCGACCGACCGACCAAUCAGAGAUGGGAUAGAGAGCUGCCAGUCUAAGGGCAAGGAUGGUGAAAGAGUGGCAACUACCUGUAACUUGUUUCUAUGGCAGUGACUGCAGAAGGCUCAAGGAAACAUGCAAACACUUCAAAUGAUCAGUGUACUCUGACAAGAAUUUACUUUCUUAGUAUUCAAGCAAAUUGACUAAGGUAUGAUUCAUCACAAAAACAUGAUUCAUCGCAAGACCUCACUUCUAGUAUGUGAAUGAGAAUUGAAGACUGGAUUUGCAAAGUAACCAUCCACUGGGUCAUACUUGCUCCAACUUAUAAAGCCCUCAUAAGAUUGCUGAUAAUCCUCAAUAAGAAUGGAAAUUAAUAUUGGUUGUAGACACCUGCAAAUGUGUUGGAUACCCUCCAGGAGAGGAUAGUAAAGAUAUUUUAAUUAUCAAACUUAACAACUGUGAUUUAAGUAAUGUCCGUGCUAAACAGAUGUUAGCAUGUAAAAAGAUAUUUUUCAAGUGAUCAAUUUAAAGAUGUUUGUCCUUUGUUGAUGUUAAAACACUUUCUAUUUUUGAUAUGGUUCAUUUUCACAAGUUGUUCCAUUACAUGUCAUGUAGGGCUCGAUUUAGCUUUAUAAAACAUACACCCGUGCAACCCACUAUUGAAAAAUGCAACAUAAUACUAAAAUUUAUGUCUACAUGCACCAAGUGCAUAUAAAAAAAUUCAAAUUUGUUUCUGACUAACCCUUACUUGUUCAGACAACAUCGAUCACUGAACACUCAGUACCUCUAAGUUUUAUGUACCAUACUACAUCACUAAUCCCCGUUAUGUAUACUUUGUCAUGCUUUCUUGGGUUUGACGUCAUCAAACUGGGGGUACUUCAAGAUUAUUGCAUGUUUCACUUGCAUUUAGUAGCAAUAUGUUUUUAAUUUAUCUGACACUGGCAGAAGACCAGCCUUUGUUUCAACUUUGAUAAAUUUAUAGGACCAGGGUGCAACUUGGUUUUUUUCGGGUGCAACUAGGUUUGUAUGUCAACAUGCAUCUUGUGCAAGUUUAAUCAGGUUCCUUUAAAUCGAGCCCUGACAUGCAGCGUUAUCAAGCAUUUACAUAUACUAUGCUUUUAUGUUAUCGAGCAAUAGACUGUUUUUGCCAAAUGAUUAAGUUCAAUGUUUUAUGAGAAUGAGGAAAGUCAAAUAUGUCAAUAAUUUUAUUCUCAACAAAGUUGCACAAAGUGAAAAGUUAUAUUUUAGCUUUGUACAUCAUUUUAGACUGUUUAUGAAUGCAAGACAAAAGAUUAUGUUGCUUUCAGUUCUAUCCUCUAUUAUUCAGUGAUAUGAUCAAAUAGGCAUGACAUCUUACAGAUUCAAAUUAGUUUGAAAUGUAACUCAGUUUUUAACCUAACAUUAUGAAAUAAACGUUCGAAUGAUUCAUUUAGAUUAUUUUAAAAUGUUACAACAGAUAAAAGCCAUGGUUAUUUUAUUGGUUUUAUUUAUCAGCCAAAAGUAAGCGAAGGUGAAAAUUUUGUCCGAGUUUUAUGUUAUCUGGUAGAAGGUAUUACUAAAGCCUGGACUGUGAAGCAGCAUUGUGGUUCUAUUGUUGACUCUUACCGUUAUGCAUGUUUCCAUAUAAGGUGUUUAGUUUUAAUUACUUGGUUUACGGAUUGGCCAACCCAAACUUUUACAAAUAAAAUUAAAAUUUUGAGUACUCAUUUUCUGAAGUACAUGUAUGUUGAUGUCUGAAGGGAGGUAACUCUUUGGCUUUUCAACUGACUCACCUUUAAGAAAAUCUGAAAAAAUGUUUUUAACAUCUAUUUUAAUUUAAUUUCGACAACCGAGCCUAUGUGUCUUUUGGAAAAUAUGUAAACCAAGUAAAUAAAUCAAAGAGGCCUAAGAUGCAGAAGACUGAUUCAUUUCAGUAGUUGUACUACAUGUAGGGAUUAUCGGGGAGUGAUGGGGGAAGAAUGGGCCCAUUAGCAGGAUGAGACAUCAAGUCUGAUACUUUCCAGCACAGCUUUACAUGGUGUUCCUAGCCACUUGAGACAGUGGAAAAUACUUAAUUACAAGAAGUAUAUAAUCAUUUCUUUUUAUUUGACAGGAAUUGGUAUGUGGACUUGCUUUACAUGUCCUGCAUGAAAUCAUUUGUCUUUCACUGGUUGUAAGACUAUGCCGGGAAAAUAGCAGACUUGAUUCUUUUUGCUAUUUGCAGGUGCAAAUAAAGUAAGUGGUUGCACACA